AUGUCGCAUACCGCCCGCCGGGCCGGCAGCAGGAACCUGCCCAGGGCUUUUCAGGUCGAGGUGUACGUCAAGUACCGAAAAGAAGUCGAAUUCACCCACGCCCACACGCUCCUUCCCAAUGGCAAGGCAGAAUCCAAAAUUGACGGCGGCGCCAUCAUUCGUCAUCACCCUCGCGCGCUGGAAGGUGACAAAUAUGGCUACGUUGUGGAUCGCUAUUUCAGGUUGAACCUCAUUGAGGACCACCCUAUCCUAAAUUCAGAAUCCUGGACAGUUGUCCAGAAUCCCGUUGUCCAGAAUCCCAUUGGACAGGGCUUCGUUGGACAGGGCUUCGUUGGACAGGACUUUGUUGGACAGGACUUCGUUGGCCAGGGCUUCGUUGGCCAGAAUCCCGUUGGCCAGAAUCCCGUUGGCCAGAAUCCCGUUGUCCAGAAUCCCUUUGGCCAGAAUCCCUUUGGCCAGAAUCCCGUUGUCCAGAAUCCCGUUGUCCAGAAUCCCUUUGGCCAGAAUCCCGUUGUCCAGAAUCCCGUUGUCCAGAAUCCCUUUGUCCAGAAUCCCAUUCGCGGGGGCUCUGUUCACGGGGGCUCUGUUCGCAGGGUCUCUGUUCGCAGGGUCUCUGUUAGCGAGGGCUCUGUUGGCCAGUAUCAUGUUGGCCAGAAUUCCGUUGGGCAGGGCUCUGUUGGGCAGGACUCUGUUGGGCAGGACUCUGUUGAGCAGGACUCUGUUGAGCAGGACUCCGUUAGCCAGUGUCCUGUUAGUUGAUGCUUGUUGGCUUGUCUUGUGUGAUUUCCUCUUCUUUCUAUGACACGGCUCCCCUUUGACCCCGAGUUCCAGCGGUUUUUGUUCCGGAUAUCUUUUUCGCGAUGGGAGCCUGGGAUGCUGCAGCGCAUGCAUGUAUCUAUUUAAGCAUCACGCCAGAACAGAACACAGGUCAUAAUUCACAUUGACCAUAGGUGGAAACCUAGUAAGGUACCGCUGUGACAGUGACAGAAGAUGGAGGUCAAGCAUGGUGUCGGGACGGGCCGUAGAAAAUGCGCGAACCCCAGAAAAGGGGUGCCAAACGGGCUGUCACUCAGCCCUAUG